AUGGACAUGUCAACAACCCUCAUCCACAAAUACCACACCCUCAAACCCAAAAAAUCCACAUCCCGUCCCUCCUCCAAAGACAUCUUCCCCCCAUCCCCUCCUAUACCAACCCAAGCACAACCAUACACAACGUUCAUCAUAGACUUAGUCUCAGCCUUCAACUCACUUUCAACCCCCUCAGCAUCCUCAACUACCUCUCCCACAUUACACACCUCCUUCCUGGGACUUGAUCAUGAGGCUCUGGUGGACACAAAAGAGAAGAAGAAAGUUGUGAAGGCUUUGCAGCUUGCGAACCCUGCGCAAGUAAAUGAGAUUAUUUCGUUGUUGAAGGCUAUGCCUGAUCCUUCGAAGACUGCUGCAGGUGCGGGAAUAGGCAAGAAGGAGGGGAGGAAGGCGCAUUCCCGGGAUUCGAGUCAGCAGAGCGUUCUUUCGCUCCUCAUCCAGGACAAGCCCAAGACUAAGGACGCCAACGCAGCGGGAUCGGCCAAGAAACAAAAACGAGUCGACGAGGACGAGAAGUUAGGAGAGGAUUGGGAUAAGGUUGAGAAGACGUGGGCCUGGGAGACACAAAAGAGUAAUGACCAGUUGACGGGGGUUGUUGACCCCGAGUCAUGUAAGAGCGCCAUCGCUACUGCCGGGUCAUGGUUAUUUUCCUCCGGCGCCCCAUCUCCAGAGGCACCAGCGGUCAAACCGGCGAAGGCGGAAGCACAGCAAAAGACCGUGAAGCCCAAGCCAUCCAAGAUCUCGACGACUGCGACAAACGACGCUACCAGAUCGACCAGUUUCGGAUCCCUCUUCGCAUCAACUCCCACUACCGCAACCAUUAGCGACACCAAAACCAAAUCGAAACCGCCAGUGGACUCAUCUUCCCCCCACAACAAGAACAACAAGCACACCGCAUCGACCAAACGAACCGCCUCUUCAACAUCCCUCUCUACCGGCGAACAGAUCGCAAAAGCCGCCGCAACCCUCCUAGCCACCGCCGCCGUCGCGUCUCCCAAAGAACUCCCUCCCUCCACACAACAAAAACAAAUCCAACGCCAGUCUUCCAUGCCCAACAUCAAGACCGCAACCCUCAAACGCCUCCUCACCACCACAAAAGCCUCGACCACUGCCACUUCAGACUCUUCCUCUACACCCACCAAAUCCAAAUCCUCUUCCAUCACUGACCUGACAGCGCCCUCAGCACCAUCCUAUAUCUCUGCAACAAUCACCUCCCUAACCCGCCAAUGGAUCGCCUUCCAAUCCUCCCCCCCACCAACCCACAUGAUGAGCGCCUACACCUACUGGUGGGGGUACGAGAUCUACGUCCCCCAUAAAUGUAUGGACAACAUUGAGCGCGUCUCCAACACCUCCCAGAUCUUUUUCGGGUUCCUGAGUACGACUGUUAGUGCGAUCCCGGGUCUGGCGUCGUUGGUCCCGAUUGCCCAGAUUAUUUCGGCCUGGGUUGGGUACCAGUGGGCGGUGAUCAAGACUCAGGAUACCGGCAAGGGUGUUGUUAUCUCUGCCACCUGGGUGCUUCCUGUUGCGCUGGCAUCACGACCAUGGGACCAUUGCGGAAACGAAGAUGAUGCCUUCCCUACCGAAUCCUCGUUGCUUCCUUCGCCCAAGAAGUCUCUCAAGUCCAAACUUGGACUUGCUUGA